AUGACUCCCCUGCUCAGAAGCCCCACCCUCCGUGGCUCUAGGCCCUGAAGUAGCUGCUUCCCUAUGCCACUGACUCCUGAUUCCAAGGACACAGCCCCAGCCCCGAUGGCCUCCAUUCAGCACUGCCGUUGCCAGCUGCCUAAGAUGGGAGACACCUGGUCCCAGUUGCCCUGGCCUGGGCCCCCCCAUCCAACCAUGCUCCUGGUCUCCCUCCUCUUGGCAGCUGGGGUGAUGCACUCGGACGCGGGCACCAGCUGCCCGGUCCUGUGUACAUGCCAUAACCAGGUGGUGGACUGCAGCAGCCAAAGGCUAUUCUCCGUGCCCCCAGACCUGCCAAUGGACACGCGCAACCUCAGCCUGGCCCACAACCGCAUCACCGCCGUCCCGCCUGGCUACCUCACGUGCUACAUGGAGCUCAGGGUGCUGGAUUUGCGCAACAACUCCUUGACCGAGCUGCCCCCGGGCCUCUUCCUCCAUGCCAAGCGCUUGGCACACCUGGAUCUGAGCUACAACAACCUCAGCCACGUGCCGGCCGACAUGUUCCAGGAAGCCCACGGCCUGGUGCACAUCGACCUGAGCCACAACCCCUGGCUGCGCAGGGUGCACCCGCGGGCCUUCCAGGGGCUGCUGCAGCUCCGAGACCUGGACCUCAGCUUCGGGGGCCUGGCCUUCCUCAGCCUCGAGGCCCUCGAGGGCCUGCCGGGGCUGGUGACCCUGCAGAUUGGCGGCAAUCCCUGGGUGUGUGGCUGCACCAUGGAGCCCCUGCUGAAGUGGCUGCGGAACCGAGUCCAGCGCUGUACCUCAGAUUCUCAGCUGGCUGAGUGCCGAGGCCCCCCUGAAGUUGAGGGUGCCCCACUCUUCUCCCUCACUGAGGAGAGCUUCAAGGCCUGCCACCUGACCUUGACCCUAGAUGAUUACCUCUUCAUCGCGUUCGUGGGCUUCGUGGUCUCCAUCGCAUCUGUGGCCACCAACUUCCUCCUGGGCAUCACAGCCAACUGCUGCCACCGUUGGAGCAAAGCCAACGAAGAGGAAGAGAUUUGA